AUGACGAGCUUAGCCGUGACGGCACGACUGCUGUGCUUCGUCAUAGCAGCUGUGCCUGUGGUCACCGCUGUUCAGAGUGGUAGCUGCGUCUUCCUCACCUCUCCACCGUCGUACACGUUCAUCGGCGGCGGAUUUCACAUGCGGCUCGCGCUCGAGUACCCCCUCCCGGCCGAGGACGUCCGCUUCAGCUUCGAUCUUCCCAAGUCCUUCUUCAUCGACGAGGCGGAGGCGGUGCAGCUCUACCGAAUGGAGGUGCUCUCUGCCAGCCCAGUGACGCAGGGGAUGGCCGCUGUCGUAGUGGCCGACAUCACGAGCGCCUACACGCCGCUGAAGAUGUCAUCUCAGUACCUCUUUGAUAUUGAAGCCCCAGUAUUUAAGGUCAGCUACACGGAAAAUCAUGUGGAGCUCACCUUCCAGCAGAGGGUUGACGACGGGGCGGGCAGCGCUCUGGACACGUACCUGGCGGAGGACGGGGCGCAGGCGCAGUUCUCCUUUCGUGCGCGCCUCGUCAUUCCCAUUCACUCCCGCUACGACGUCUUGGAGACAACGACGCCCUUUUCACUGCUGCACUUCAUCACCGGUGAGGGCGCCUACGUGCGCCGCUGCUUGGCGGAAGUGCACGUCUCUGGCCGUGCAGACCCGCGCUGCUCAACUGGUACGUACAGCACCAGCGCCACCCUGGCGACCGUAGAGGAAAGGCCGCAUUACACGCCCUGCCUCGACCUGCCUGUUGGUCUGCUGGAUGACUUACCGUACGUGUACAGCGGACUUAUGGCUCUUCUGGUGGCUGGCGCGGUUAUCGUAAUCCUUUCCAUUCGUUAG